GUUUGAUUUCAACGACUAAAUUCUCGAUAUUUUUCAUACAUGACCGCGCGUAAUUGUAACUAAUCUUCUUUUCGGUGCAGCCUACUCGGCAGCUGGGUACUGGCGUGUCGGAGGUUCCCGCUGAAAUCGUUAGUUGAGAAACCACAGAAGCUCGGGCUCGUAUGAGCUACGCAGUAAGAAUGAAAUGCACUACAGGCACGCAAACGGGGAAUCCUGCCCUCUCGGAAGAUUCGCUGAUCACAGUCUCGAUGUUGAAAACUGUUUUGAGUAUUUUAUUAGAUCUACAAAAGAAAGUUAAUUACAUCAGUGCAGUGUAUAAAGAUACUGAUGCAAUCGGCGAACUUAACGAGUUGCGACCAGUGAAAACACUCGAGGAACUUGACGAGCUGGAGAAACGGGCGAGUUGCGAGAAUUUUGUAUGGGCUGUGGUCAAUUCCUUGGGGCGAGUACAUGGUAAAGACCGACACAUAGGCAACGGGAGACCUAUAUGUAUGCAGCUUGUGGAUAAGUUCUUCGAUCAGGACUUCUUGGGUGAUUGCACAUGGAGUAAUGCACUAGAGAAAGGCAAAAUAGCCUUGGUAGAUUUCGAAAAAACGCUCAGCCUACUAUACCAAACAGUGCUUUAUUCCGAUCCCGAAUUCACUACAAUCGAUAUGAGAAACAUUUUGCAGAACUGUAUGCAAACGGCAACGGCAGAACGAGAGCAAGGAAACGGCGGCAAUGCAGUAGAGCCAAACGGUACAACAACCCCAAAAGGUAAACCACAACGGCGUAAACAAAACCAACGUAAAGUUAGGGGAAAACAAAACCAGAAUCUUCCGGCAGGUCCAGCUGACUCACCGAUGGUCUGUAUCGAUUUAAGUGACGACAGUGAAAUAGAGCUCUCGUCGGAGGUCGUCACAGCAAACAAUGCUCAACCCGCAAACACCGUUCUAUUGGGUUACGUUCCAAGCCCCGAACCCACAGUGACGCAAAGUCUCACAACGCUAGGCUCCCCAAAAGAUCGGAAAGCGACGAGUGUCUCAGCACUAGUGUCUGUCGAUUACAGCGUAGUACCUCCGUUUCCAAAUAAGAUUUUUUCACCAGUGAAAUCCCUGGAGGAACUCUGCGCACUGGACAAAAAAGCAAGCAAUGAAGGAUUUGCUUCGGCAGUGGCGAUGUGUUUGGGAAAAAAUCAUGGCAAAAACACCAGUCACGGUAAAGGACGAAUCGUCUGUGAGCAGCUUUUGACUACGUUUUACGAUCCAUCAUUCUUACGUCAAUGUACUUGGACAAAAGCGGGAAACGAGCAAGAUAGAACAGCUUUGGAGGAACACAGACAAACCCUUAACCUAUAUUAUCGGACAGUAAUCUUUUCUGCUCCAGAUUUUACACUACCCGACUUCAACAACUUUAUGAUGAGUGUUGUCGCGGAUUUAACAAGUUCAUCGAACAAGCAACCCUUGGUUGAGGUUUGUGUAGCUGGGCCAGCUGAUGGUAUCGGAGAAGAAAUCAUCGAAAUCAUCGAAGAAGAAACAAGAGUAGCUACUCAAGAAGCAACAAGUGAACCAGAUACUACUGCUCUGGAGAGUAUGAAUAUUGACAAUUUGAUCGAAACAGUACAUAUAGAUGAAACCGAAGCAGAUUUUCUCUUCGACCAAUUUAUCGAGGAACAAGUAGUGCAUGAAGAGUAUGUAGCUAUGAUACAAGAAGAGGACGUCAGUGAGCACAGUUUCCAAGAGGCGGGCAGUAUUGAUCUAAUAGAAGAUACGGAAGUCGCAUCAGAAGCGAGUAAAGAUACAUCAGAAAACAGCAUCAGCCAACGAACACGCAGCAAGAUCUUCGUGCCCGUUACAUGCCUGGAAGAACUUGAGGAACUCGAGAAAAAUGCGCGCAAUGAUGCCUUCGUGCUGUCUGUGGUAACUUGUUUGGGACGAGUGCAUGAAUUCAAAGGAAAGGGCGACGCGAAAAUGGUUUGUCAGCGACUCAUUAAUAAGUUCUUCGACGAGACGUUUUUACGGCAAUGCUGUUGGAUUGGAAAACAUUCGGAUAAAGCGAAAAUAUGUUUGGCAAAUUACUCAGAAACUAUCAAUCUGUUCUACCAAACAGUGCGUUUUACGGAUCCCGAUUUCACUAAGCUGCGGGCAAAGGCUUUCAUCAGCCGACUAUUGAAACAGUACAACACAUCGCCUGAAGCAGAACCCAGAAAACGACGUAAAAGCAAGAAUGAAAACUCAAUCGACGCUACCGAUGAAGUGUAUGGUCAACGGAUUAAAACUCAAAAGUCCGAUGACUCAGACGUUGAAUUCAGCUAUGAGAUAGAUUAUAUUGAAGUUCCAGAAAGCAGCGAAGUUUUGGAGCAACUGGCAAAGAUAUGUUACAAUACGUAG